AUGUCGGAUGUUGAAGAAAAUCACGAGGGAGAUAUUCAGCCUGGAGAAGGCGAAGAAAAUGCUGUCGAAGAAAAGGGAGUGCCCUUGACAAAAGAAACAAUCACCAAAUGCUUGUCUCGGUUAGAACGAACUGGUGAUGGAUCAGCGUAUGCAUACGUCAAGCUAGACGCGUCAAAGAGUGACUUAAACGACAUUGCAGUAUUGAGCGAUUACUCCCACAUUCGGUACGCUACACUUUCCUCGAACAAGCUUGACGAUCUGAGCGCACUAUCACAAAUGAAAUUCUUACUCUCCCUCGAUUGCAACAGAAAUAAUUUAUCGACUUUGAACUUGCCAAGCUUUUCGUAUCUUCAAUUACUGGAUCUAUCUUUCAACAAAUUGAUCGAUUUAACGAAUUGUAACUUUCCAAUGCUCAAAACUUUGAAUUUAAACACGAACAACACGAAGCUUUCAACUCUUCCUUCGAUGGAAAACUUGGAGAGUCUCUCGCUAAGAGACAACAAUUUGGAGAGUUUUGAGGGAUUACACUCGUUCCCGAAGUUGAAAAAGCUAUACGCGGCGAAGAAUCGACUCAAAACCGUCGAAUUACCUGAAUUGCCGGCGCUAGAAACACUGCACGUGCGGGAGAAUCAACUCAGCAGCCUCAAUUUCUUAUCAAAAAUAAGCAAUCUCGUCAAUUUGAACGUCCGAGCAAAUGAAAUACCGGCAUUGACGGAGCUCGAUUACCUUGACUCGUGUAAAAGGUACGAUUUUCUUUUUUAA